AUGGAAGAGGCUUUCCUACUCAAUCAAACUUCUUUAGUGACAUAUUUUCGGCUUAGAGGUUUAUCUGUAAAUCAGAAGGUGCAGAUGGCUAUGUUUUCCAUAUUUCUCGUUUUCUAUGUCCUGACUCUGCUUGGGAACAUCCUCAUUGUCAUCACUAUCAUCUAUGACCGCCGGCUCCAUACCCCCAUGUAUUUCUUCCUCAGCAAUCUGUCCUUUAUCGAUGUCUGCCACUCCACUGUCACUGUGCCCAGGAUGCUGAGAGACACCUGGUCAGAGGAGAAGCUCAUCUCCUUUGAUGCCUGUGUGACCCAGAUGUUCUUCCUGCACCUCUUCGCCUGCACAGAGAUCUUCCUCCUCACCGUCAUGGCCUAUGAUCGUUAUGUGGCCAUCUGUAAACCCUUGCAGUACAUGACAGUGAUGAAUUGGAAGGUAUGUGUGCUGCUGGCUGUGGCCCUCUGGGCAGGAGGAACCAUCCACUCCAUAUCCCUGACCUCCCUCACCAUCAAGCUGCCCUACUGUGGUCCUGAUGAGAUUGACAACUUCUUCUGUGACGUGCCGCAGGUGAUCAAAUUGGCCUGCACUGACACCCACAUCAUUGAGAUCCUCAUUGUCUCCAACAGUGGGCUGAUCUCCGUGGUCUGUUUUGUGGUCCUUGUGGUGUCCUAUGCGGUCAUCCUGGUGAGUCUGCGGCAGCAGAUCUCYGAGGGCAGGCGGAAGGCCCUGUCCACCUGUGCAGCCCACCUCACCGUGGUCACACUGUUCCUGGGACACUGCAUCUUCAUCUAUUCCCGCCCAUCCACCAGCCUCCCAGAGGACAAAGUGGUGUCUGUGUUUUUCACUGCUGUCACCCCUCUGCUAAACCCCAUCAUCUACACCCUUAGGAAUGAAGACAUGAAGAAUGCCUUGAACAAGAUAAUGGGGAGGAAGGAGAAGAAAGAAAAAUAA